GCGGGGAGGUGGCAGCCAGGACACAGGGCAUCUGUUGCCCGAUACUUGUUCACCUGCUUCCCUCCAUAUCUGAGCUCCCGCCAUGUAGGAAAGCUUCCUGAGCCCACUCCCAGCCUCCAGCAGUUGUCUAGUCCACACUGGACCCCAGUUAACAGAACUGUCACAGCAGGGAGGCACUCAGAGUAGAGUGGUCCACUUGGAGUCCAGUGGGUAAAACAGAUCUUCAGAGGGAUAAUGACACGCCCUGGGUGACAGAGUUAAAGGCAGAACCUGGACUUAGAACCCAGGUCUCCUGACUCUAGGCCAUGGCAUCAUUCAGUCCUCUACCCGCUCUUCUUCUUCAAGCCAGACCAAGAAUCUGGUCCAGCAAUGCCUGUGAGAAAACGUCGUUCACUUUCCUCAGGCAGGAGCUGCCUGUGCGCCUGGCCAACAUCAUGAAGGAGAUCAACCUGCUUCCUGACCGGGUGCUGAGCACACCCUCGGUGCAGCUGGUACAGAGCUGGUAUGUCCAGAGUCUCCUGGACAUCAUGGAGUUCCUGGACAAGGACCCUGAGGACCAUCGGACCCUGAGCCAGUUCACUGACGCCCUGGUCACCAUCCGGAACCGCCACAAUGACGUGGUGCCCACAAUGGCUCAGGGCGUACUGGAGUACAAGGACACCUAUGGCGACGACCCCGUCUCCAACCAGAACAUCCAGUACUUCUUGGACCGCUUCUACCUCAGCCGCAUCUCCAUCCGCAUGCUCAUCAACCAGCACACCCUGCUCUUUGAUGGCAGAACCAACCCUGCCCACCCCAAACACAUCGGCAGCAUCGACCCCAACUGCAACGUCUCUGAGGUGGUGAAGGAUGCCUACGACAUGGCCAAGCUCCUGUGUGACAAGUAUUACAUGGCCUCUCCUGACCUGGAGAUCCAGGAGAUCAAUGCAUCCAACUCCAAACAGCCAAUUCACAUGGUUUAUGUCCCCUCCCACCUCUACCACAUGCUUUUUGAACUCUUCAAGAAUGCCAUGCGAGCAACUGUGGAAAGCCAUGAAUCCAGCCUCACUCUUCCACCUAUCAAGGUCAUGGUGGCCUUGGGCGAGGAAGAUCUUUCCAUCAAAAUGAGUGACCGAGGUGGGGGUGUUCCCUUGAGGAAGAUUGAGCGACUCUUCAGUUACAUGUACUCCACAGCUCCCACGCCCCAGCCUGGCACCGGGGGAACCCCACUGGCUGGCUUCGGGUAUGGGCUCCCCAUUUCCCGCCUCUAUGCCAAGUACUUCCAGGGGGACCUGCAGCUCUUCUCCAUGGAGGGCUUUGGGACCGAUGCUGUCAUCUAUCUCAAGGCCCUGUCCACGGACUCAGUGGAGCGCCUGCCUGUCUACAACAAGUCAGCCUGGCGCCACUACCAGACCAUCCAGGAGGCCGGCGAUUGGUGUGUGCCCAGCACGGAGCCCAAGAACACGUCCACGUACCGUGUGAGCUAGGAGCUGCCUACACCCAGGAGAAUGGACUGCUGUCUCUGGGUCCAGCCACCGUGGUGACCUUCCCCAUUCCCCGCCCCCCCCAGGUGCAGGAGGCUCUCCCUGUUGACCAGCUUCUGUCUCUUUGGAAAUCACUGCAGUGACUAGUCUGUGGUGGCCCCUAAGUGCCAAUCUCUUGUCUCCAUGGAGACCCCUUGGUGGUCUCCCUGGGUCCAGUCUCUGUGGGCAAUGCCUGAGGAUUGGAGGAUGUCUCCAUCCUGAUGGGGUGUUCCAGAGAUACGUUUCCAUGGCAGUCUUCCUCUCUCAGCCCAGAGCUGCCACUUCUCUGCCAGGGGCCCUCGGUCCCCCUCACUGCCCACCACAGCCCUGGCCUUCCAAGUGGACGCCCCUGCUUGCCUUACUGUCCUGGCCCAUGCCGGUACCCUGGCGCUGGUCUGGUGUCAGUGUCGGGAAGGGGCCAGGUGCCUGCCACAUCUGGGGUAGUGGGAGGGGACCCCUGACUGGGGAUCUGGUCCUAUAGUCUCUCCCUCCUCUCUAAGGUCAAAGUUAGGAGGGAGGGGUUUCUCACCUGGGGCUCACCCCUAAAGCCGAAUAAUCUGGGAGGACACAGAGGUCAGCUGCCCAGCCUCUCCUCCCUGUCGGUAACCCCAGCAAUGUUUCUGCCACUUCCAGAGCCCUUCCCCUGCAUGUCCUCAUGUGUAUACACCUACCCAUCGCCCACGGUCUCCCCUGAGCAGACCCCAACUCCCACUGUGCCUGGACACGGUGUGUGCUUGGGGUGGCUCUCUCCCUAGAAUGUUGUGUGUAUAUAGCUAGUUUUAUAGCCCCGAAUGCCCCUACCCUUCCCCUUAGCACACAGGGGGUUAAAGUUGUGUGCUCCUCCCAGUGGCUAUGAUGGUGACAAUGACAUCUACAGUAAAGAGGAGAUGGAAUGAGA